UAGCUGUAGCUACCAUACAGCAGACCGCACCAUCAAUUUAUCUUUGGAAAUGUUGCAUCAGCACUGCUACAAUGGCGUCCAGCUAAAUGUCCUGUCGUCGUCUCGUAGUUUAAGUCAAACGUUACAUCACAGAAAGUUUGGAGGUGUUCGGUUUGUGUGUCUAAACUAACAUUAGCUUGUUGUCUGGAGUUAUGUAGCAGCUAGCUUGAAGCUGUAGGUUGACACCGACUACAGGCAGGAGACGUGAGAGAACACCAAGGUGUCGCUGACCAGGUCUCACCAUGGCUGACGACCCUCAGAGAAACUUCCGUUCUGCGUAUUAUGAGAAGGUGGGCUUCAGGGGAGUGGAGGAGAAGAAAUCACUGGAGAUACUGCUCAAGGAUAAUCCUCUGGACCUAGAAAAGCUGAGCACCUUCAGUCAGAGGUUCCCCCUCCCCUCCAUGUAUAGGAUCCAUGUGUGGAAGGUGCUGUUGGGCAUUCUGCCACCCCACAGUGACUCUCACACUCUGGUUGGAUGCUACAGAAAGGGGCAGUACCAGGACAUCCUGGAGGCUCUGGAGGUCAUGAGAUACAUCAACUCCUUCACACCCUCCACCCAUGUCUACCUACGCAUGUUCCAGCUGGAGAGCCAGGUACUCCCACGAUGCUCCGAGACCAUGCCCCCGGAUGAAGAAAACGAGGACUUCCUCUCCAUCAGCAGAGCCAUGGAGGAGAUCGUAGAUGAUCCCGUCGACUGCUACUGGCUGAUCAAGUGUUUCGUCAAUCAGUUCCACACAAAGUUUGGAGACUCAAUACCUCAUCUUCCGAAGAGCCUGGAACAUUAUCUGAGUCAGGAGGAGCCUCGACUGCUCAACCAUCUGAAGAACACCGGUGCUCUGGCUCAGCUGCCCCACGGCCUCUGGUUCAGACGCUGCUUCGCUGGCUGCCUGCCCGAGUCCAGCCUGCAGAGGGUUUGGGACAAAGUGAUCAGCGGCUCCUGUAAGAUUCUGGUGUUUGUUGCCUUGGAGAUUCUGCUGAGCUACAAGAUUAUGUUGAUGGGCAUCAACAGACCUGAAGGCAUGGUGAAGUUCUUGUGCAAUAUUCCACAGGAAAAUACGGACGCCAUCGUGACUAAAGCCAUCGACUUGUGGCAUAAAUACUGCGGCACCCCGAUGCACGCCGUGUAGCUUCACAGACUUCCAGACAGAAGUGAGAAGCUUUCCCAGAACCCCUUCAGGACUCCUUAACUCCACUGAGACAGACUGUGGCGUUCACUGUCCGUGGGGCUUUGUCUCUGCUUGACUGAACUGAAAACUCAUCAUGGGCUUCUUUUGAUAAGCCCAUGAACUGUGGAACCACUUGCCAUACUUGACCAGUCGAUUUCCAGCUUUCCCCAAAGACUAUGACAAACUGCACAGGGGAAGGUCAGAGUUGGCAGAUACGGACACAAAGGAGAUCACUGAAGCAUGACGUUUGAUGAUAACCUGAUUGUAAAAAGACAAAGAGGCGUAAACUUAUUAUUUUUUAAUAAGUUUCUUUCUUUAAGAAACUGCAUACAUCAUAGAAGACUCACAAUAAAUUAAUACCCACAUGCAGUUUUUCUGCUUUACAAAAAAACAUUUGAAAAGUCUUGCUUACUUUCUUUGCUAUGUACACGUCUUAGAUUUCUGAGAAUAUUCCUCUCUCAAAACAUUUUAAUGUACAAGCGACAGUGAUAUUACUGACUCUUGUACACACACACACACACACACACACACUCUCAGUCAUAACACACACAACAGAGCAACAAGUUCUCCCAAUAAUAUUGUCAAAACUGCCAAUUCAUGGACUG